GCAGCACGCCAUUCGAGUGGUUCUACCCGAGGACAAGCUUCGUGGUAAUAUGUUUGCCAUUUGCUCUCAGUGGAUGGAGGACGCCGGCAAUGACGUUUUAAUGGAGCUUGAUAAAUUGAAAAAAGACGAGCAGCGCCAGCCGAUUACGUACAACCAUUACUACACUGAUAACAUUUAAAAGUCCCGUUAUGGCUUUCUGCGUAAGGCCGUGGAAGGUGCUAUUAAAGAGACAGCAAGUUCGGAUUAUUAUGGAAAAUUCCAUAUUAGCAAUAUCCCCAUGGAUAUUGAAAAGUUCCUUGAGGCAAUGAAACGCAAAAUUAACGUCGACAGGACGACCAGGCAUAUGCUGAGGCCAUGGCAGGGUUGGAAGUUUACUACAAGGUAGCUAUAAAGAUUUUCGUGGACAAUGUCUGUCGGCAGGUCGUCGAGCGUCAUAUUAUUGCGCCCCUUCCCGAGAUUUUCAGUCCAGUAAUUGUUUCCCGAUUUACGGACGACGAGCUUUUUCAAAUCGGAUCCGAGUCGGAAAAACAAAACCGCAAGCGGGAAGAGCUUAGGGCCAGGGCAAAAAAACUGAGGAGCAGCCUUGAAAAUCUCCAGCGACGCUGACGGGUAUCUUCCUUCGGGGUUAUGAGGAGCCACUUUUCGCUGUUUUCUUUAAUUAAAUUUUUAUCCAGUUAUAUGUUGGUUUCAAACGCGGACCUUUACGGAUCCAGCGAUAUCCUAAUUUCAGUCGACACACUGGAAAGGUUAACAAAUGGUGGGGCAUAGGAGGUUAUACGUUCUUUUAAUUUGAUUAAGUUUAAAAGUAUAAUGAUAGAAAUCCGGCAGGCAGAGAAUGGGUACAUUUUGUGGAUUCGUUGCAAAUCUCGGCCCCAAAAAGGCAGGUCAUACAUUGGUGAUCCACAAAACACAUGUUAAUUUCGGUGCAAGAAUUGCAUUUUCAUCAAAUGUGCUGGGCUGGGCUUAAGUGCUUUGCAUCUGGUCCAAGCUAGAGUAGAGUGUUGAAUAAAACGGGCACUUUGCCCAUUUAUAUGUCCACUAUAUGUGCCUGAGCAGCUGCUUUAACAUACAGACUAAGCGACAUGCCGCGUCGAUUAUAAUAAGCUCCGGCACAAAGUACCCGCCGCUCCAAUACCCGGUUGGCAUACAUAUCGGGACCUUUUUUUUUUUUUUUUAACGGAA